CCAGUUUGGGGCUAUGUGUGCCGGUGCAAGGGUCAAGAGAGCGGUUAAUCAUCAACAUGUUCAUGUGAGAUGAAGUGUAGGAGAUGUAAUCAGUUCCACUCAGACAGUCUGAGAGCCAGUCAGCUGGUGAGCCUCGGUCUCUGUCAUAGUGACUCAGCAGCAGAGACACCAUGUCUAACCGUCGCUUCGAGGGGAGAGAACAUGCAGCUGCCUACCUCAGGUACAGGUUGAGUCCCCCUCAAGAACUCAUCGCAGAGAUACUGGGAUUCUUGGAGAAAAGGAGAGCAGGGCCGUAUGACCUCGCUGUGGAUGUGGGCUGUGGCUCCGGUCAGGGGACCUGCCUGCUGGCCCCUCACUUCACCCAGGUGGUGGGGUCAGACAUCAGCCCCGCCCAGCUGGAGAUGGCCCUAGCCAAUGGCAGCAUCCCAAACAUCACCUACAGGCAGUGUCCGGCAGAGGAGCUACCGUUCCGGGCAGGCGUGGCCGAUCUGGUGACGUCCAUGACCGCGGCCCACUGGUUCGACCAUCCCCGGUUCCUCCAGGAGGCCUACAGGCUGUUGAAACCCCGGGGCUGCCUGGCUCUGCUCAGCUACACCAUGGAUAUGGAGCUGGAGUACCAAACCCUGUCCUCCAUCCUCAAUGGCAUCUGUCAGGAGAUCUACACCGCUCUGCUGCCUUAUCGGAGUGCUUACCUUGGCUCUGGCCCUCUACCGCUCUACAAACACAUGUACGAGUCAUGCUCAUACCCAGAUAAGGAGUGGCAUGAGUGUCUGCGUUCAAGAACAGCAAUGUCUCUGAGCGGCUACAUUGGCUUGGUGGAGAGCUUCUCCACCUACCAGGCGUUUCUGAACCAGCAUCCCGAUGAGGCACAUAAGCUCUCUCAGGAGUUUAAGAACAGAUUGCUGUCUGCGAUGGGAGUGUCUUCCCCAGACACAGAGGUUGUUGUGGUGGUGAAGUAUUUCUACUGGCUGGCCUGCAAGCCUGAUUCAGACUGAACGACCCUCAAGCUGUUUCAAGGCAAAACUGUAGCGUCAUCAUGAUUCCAUAACCUGCAAAUGAUUCUCAAACAAAAUUAAUCUUUUAACCCCCCACAGAAGAACUAUACACCUGUGCCUGAACUAUAUAUUCAGCUAAUUAUUACCAUUGGUUACAGUGUGACAUUUUAGGGCCAGCCGUUCUUGCCUCUUGCAGAUCAGGAAGUUUAGCCCACUGGCUCCCCCUCUUGUCAGAGCAUGGUACUGUAGACCUUGAAUCCUGACAUUUAUGUUAAACAGAUCAAGGCCAGAAUCAUAAUAUAUAUUGGGGAGAACAAAUCCCCCCCAAUAUUCAAAUCUGGUCAAAAUUUCCCCCCCAAUAUAUUGAUAUAAAAAUGUAAUUGUGCUACGCUACGACAGGCAACCACGCACGCUGUCCGAAAUUAUCAUUAAAAAAAUUGUGUGUCCCCUCCAAUGUUGACUCCAUGGCUACGGCCUUGAAACAGAUACAUGCAAAUUCAGCCAAAGCUGGCUCUUUGAGCCGGUUGUAUUUUCACUAUUAAAAAGUGACAUGCAGUUUUGUCCACAAAUGCAGCUUAGUCUUGGCUGGCAAGGUCUACUUUGUCCCGUGGCAAGUGGAACUUGGGCUGGUUGAUUUCUCUCACAGUGAUGCAGUUGUUUGUCAAAUUGAUUCCUUCUCCUCUUGCUUUUGUCAGAGUCAUGGCUGUUAUUGUUGCUGGCAUUCUAGCGAGAUAAUUUACCAUAACAAGACCUGAGGACUAAACCUUCCAUGAUAAAACAACUGGUGAUGUUGAUGCUAAUGUUCUUAGUGUGCAACUGAAAAAUUAAAUUUUGCAAGUGACCCUUCAGUCAAUGAGUUGUGUCAUUCAGUCAGUCAAUCAUGGGGUUCAAGUGAGGCCUUGCAAGCAGAGCAAGUAUGACUAAUGAGUAUCCAGUCUCCACUAUGCUGCAGGGUAUCCCUAAAGGCAGUACAGAAGUGGUCU